CCAAACAUACAAAACAGCGUGGUUGCUCACAGACAUCAGCACCACGGCAAGCAAAUAUUUUUUCAAAACUGUUAUUUUUUAAAUUGGAAAAAUUACAAAUUUCAAAAUGAAGCGCCGUAAUGCCGAUUGCGGCAAAUUACGAAGACCUAUAAAACGUAACAAAAUUACGGAAAGUAUGUACGGCAGCACCACUGUUCUGUACAUGAAAUUUUUGGUACUAUGGGCUAUUGUGAUAACAGCAGAUUUUAUGUUUAUGUUCCGAUUUGAAUUUCUAUGGCCAUUUUGGUUGCUGCUGCGUUCAGUACACGACUCAUUUAAAUAUAAAGGACUGGCAUUUUCGGUUUUAUUUGUAUGCAUAGCAAUAACAUCCGACUUGGUAUGUUUAUUCUUUAUACCAGUUAAUUGGUUAUUAUUUGCAGCCAGUACAUAUGUGUGGGUACAAUAUGUAUGGCAUACAGAUAAAGGCAUUUGCUUGCCAACCAUCAUCUUAUGGAUGUUAUUCGUAUAUUUAGAGGCUGGCAUACGAUGGAAGGACAGCAGACAUAUGCCUCACUUAGAUUUAUGUAGACCAUUUGCAGCACACUGCAUUGGUUAUCCUGUGGUUACUUUAGGCUUCGGCUUUAAAAGCUAUGUUGGCUAUCGCAUGAGACAGCGAAAACAACGUGAGGUAGCUAAAGAAAACGAAUUCUAUAUGCAAUUAUUGCAACAAGCACUGCCCCAAGAGGAGUCCACACAGCCGGCAGAUGACACACAGACUGUGGUAGCCGCCAAUACAAAUUCCUCCGCAAAUGCAGUUGCUGCCAUCUCCUCGGCGAGUCAUGGUGCACAAAACAGUAAUCAUCAUCAAAGCAAUUCGUCGGCAACGGGAGCAUCACUUUCUGCUGCACAUACACAGAUUUCGAAUUCGAUAGCGACGGCGAAUGGAUCGGUGACAUCGUUAGCACAAACUCACCAUCACCACGAUCAGCAGCACCAACAGACACAUCAUAACAAUCACAAUGGUAACUGUUUAACAGUAAAUGGUUCCGCUUCAAUGGCUUCAUCUGCUGCUUGUCAAGUAUCGGGUGUAGCCAGCUCCAAUUUCUCCUCAUCCUCAAAUUCUUCCUCUUCUAAUAAUACAACAUCUUCUACAUCUACGUCUUCAGCCUCAUAUUUAUCUUCUACGCUAACAACGGCCUCAUCAUCAUCAACGUCUAAUGAUGAUAAAAGCUAUGUACAAAUUGGUGGCGGUAGUGGUGCAACUUCAAAUGGUCACAUAGGCGGUGGAAAGAAUAACCGACGUAGUAUGGACAAGGAAAACCGACACAAAAAUAAUUCAGUGAGUAAUCAAAUGAAUGCUGGCGGAGAUAAUAGUGAUGCAUACACAACAAGUAAGCAUAACAAAAACAACAACUAUCACCAGCUGAAUCAGAGCAAUGAAAGCAAUAAUCAUCAUCACCAUCACAAUAAUAAUAAUGUGAAAGAAAAAGCCGAUUGGGACAAUAACAACUACCAUCAGCAGCAGCAGUCGACAUCAACAACCAAGGACAAGGAUAAACAUGAAUUGCCAACAGGAAAAGCAAAUAAGAAAUCCGGAAAUUCUUCAUCGCAGCAACAGCCGUCAUCAGUAUUGAAUGUAAAUGGUAAUGCGGCAACGCAUGCUGACAAUGAGGAGGUGGUCACGGUCGAGCCUGUUGAGAAAACUAAAGGUCGGAGAAAUCGUUCCAAGAAGGAAAACUCUUCCAAGGACAAUCACUAUCAUAACCAUAACAACAAUAACAAUGCUAAUAACCAUCACAUUCACACAAAGGAUUCCAAUAAGGAGAAUCAGCAGCAACAGCCACACCAGAACUCAUCGUCAGCAUCUAAAGAUACUCACAAUCAACACCAUCACCACAAUUCAGAUGCUUCAUCUGUUUCAUCAUCAUCGUCGUCCACAUCAUCUUCGUCGUCUUCAGCGAAAUCGAGUGGUGGCAAUUCCGCCACUUCGACCAUAUCUCAUAUAGCUUCUAAAGUUGUUUCUAAGAUCUGUGAAUCGUGUUUAAAGCUCGAGGCCGACGUUAAAAAAUAUCGUUCCGAGAUAAGCCACAUGAAACAGAUCGAAAACGAGCUGAGACAAAAACUGGAAACAAACAUGACAACCAAAUCCUGUUUGCAGGCCAAACAGAAGGAAUGUGACGAGCUGGAGAAACGUCUGCACGACUUAACCAAUGCCAGGCACAAUGACAUGCUGCAGUUGCAAUCACUCGAACGUCGUCUCAAUGAAGAGAGGCGACAGAAGCAAUCGUUGGAAGCGCAGCUGAAUAACGAGAAAAAGGCACGCAAGCAGGCUGAAGACAAAGCAUCACGUCCCGAAUGUAGCACCCAGUGUAAGCAGAGAAAACAACAAAUGGAUGAGGAGAUCAAACAACUUAGACGAGAGCUCAAAAUGGCCGAAGAAGGAAAACAGCUGGCAGAACAGCAUGGACGUAAAUGGGAGCAAGAAUUACGCAUGUUUGAAGCUGAGAUUCGGAAUCGCGAUUCCCUGCAGCCCGGUGCAGAUGUUCUAAUGAAUGCUUUGGCAGCAAUGCAGGACAAGAACUGCACUUUGGAAAAGAAUCUUUCCGCAGAGACGAGGGUUAAGCUGGACUUAUUCUCAGCUCUGGGAGAUGCUAAGCGACAACUGGAGAUUUCCGAAAACUUAAGGCGCUCCAAGGAGGAAGAAGUGCAUGACCUCAAGGCAAAAAUCGCACAGCUUCUAGCCGUAAUGCCCACGGAUUCACUAUGCUUGCCAUCAUGCAGUUCAACUGGCGCUAGUUCCAUGUUGCGUAUGAACGAUACACCUCCUCUACAAACUGGUCCUGGCCCUGCUUCGCCCAUGUUAACCAGUUUAAGUGCCGCCCAAGCCCAGCAACAAUUAGCCGGCCGCGUUGUACCAACAUCAGCAUCUGAUUAUGUGCAGCAAUCUCUGAAUACAGAUUAUGUGGUUACAAAUCAACAACAACAGCAGCAACAACAACAACAGCAGCAGCAACAACAGCAAAGCCAGUGUCCCUGUGUUGUGCCCGUGUCUGUGGCCACUUCGGUUUUAGUUUCUCAAGUCUCAAAUGGCGUAACAAAUACCAACGGCUCGAACCUGGAUCCCAAUGCAACAGUUUAUACACCCAAAUGCCCCAAUAAUGCAGCCGGCGUGGUUGUGGUUGGUGGUUCUGGAGAUGCCUGAUGUAUACUUAACAAUGUUAAUCAUUUGUCGAAUACCAGACGUCAUGUUUGAGAUUAUUUUUAAUUUUAUCAAAAACAAACGUAAAUCAGAAUCUAUUCUCUCUUGUACAUGGCAUACUCUUUUCACCACAUCUA